GAGCCCGCGCCUCGCCGUCAGCCCUCGCGCCGCCGCCCGCGGCUAGUAUGCCGGCGCUCCGGGGCCGCUCGCCACGCGCCGCGCGCCCGCCCUCGCCGCGCGAUGCCUCGGCUCCGACGUCUACGCGCGCCGCUCGUGCCCCGUAACGCACGCGUACACACAUUUCACGUCUAUACACCGGAAUGUAAAUAUUUAUGGAUGUCAGUUUUCAGUUGUUUAGAUUGGCUGUGAAAUUCAAGGUAAUUGAGAGUAAGCGUGGCGGCGACCGGCUGGCGGCGCCUCGGAUGUCGCUGCUGGGCAAGCCGCUCAGCUACCGCGCAACGCGACGCGACGCGCGUUACCGACGCCUACAAUCCAAGUUCUAUAAUUUUCUUGAACGGCCAAGGGGUGUAAAGGCCGUCCUAUAUCAUAUGAUUGUGUUCCUGAUGGUGUUCAUGUGUUUGUCGCUGUCGGUAUUCUCCACAAUCGAAGAGUACGAGGCGAAGGCGGGAAUCAUUUUAUUCUACAUGGAGACCGUAGUUGUCGUCUGGUUCGCAAUAGAAUUUUUUUUAAGGUUAUGGUCGUCAGGAUGCCGGUCCCGGUACCAAGGAUCCAUGGGGCGUCUCAAGUUCUUGAGGCGACCUUUCUGUAUAAUAGAUGUGACGACAAUCUUGGCUUCAAUGGUUGUGCUGGGUAUGGGUUCCUCGGGCCAGGUGUUCGCGGCGUCGGCACUGCGAGGUCUACGUUUCUUUCAAAUCUUGCGCAUGGUGCGGAUGGAUCGGCGCGGCGGCACUUGGAAACUUCUAGGCUCAGUUGUUUACGCACACAGACAGGAAUUGAUUACUACGCUUUACAUAGGCUUCCUGGGGCUAAUAUUCGCAUCAUUUUUAGUUUAUUUAGCGGAAAAAGAUGUCGCCGACACAAAGUUUAAAAACUUUGCAGAAGCCUUGUGGUGGGGAGUCAUCACGCUGUGCACGGUGGGGUACGGAGACAUGGUCCCGCAAACCUGGCAAGGCAAAUUCAUCGCCUCUUUCUGCGCGCUACUUGGGAUAUCAUUCUUCGCUCUCCCCGCUGGUAUUUUAGGUUCAGGUUUCGCUUUGAAAGUACAACAGCAGCAGCGACAAAAGCAUAUGAUCAGAAGACGACAGCCAGCUGCCACUCUCAUCCAGGCACUGUGGAGAUGUUACGCCGCUGAUGAACACUCUAUGAGUGUAGCAACGUGGAAGAUUCAUCAAAUUCCUCUGCCGAGUCCACAGACAAGUCGGGUGAUGAGUGCAUCAUUCAAGAACAAUGCUUCCUUUGUGUCGCGGCUGCCGACUAUCCGCCGGCACAAGAGCACCUCCCUGCACUCCCCCGCGCCGCACUCCAAGCCCGCGCAUCGAUACGACGUCAACGCCAGUGCAGAAAACCUUGAUAAUCGUACAGCGAGCGGGGACCAUGCGUGUUGUCUACUCCAUUGUUGGAAAAGCUGCUUUCAAGGCGGGACGAACAGCCGCUCAGGGCGCCCUCGAGCCAUCAACCCUUCCUACAGCGAGGACUCGGUGGCCGAGACGGCGCUCUCCAAGAAAAACUCCGACGACGAGGACGAGGAGCCGCGUUGCGUCACGUUGACUCCGCGUCACAAAGCUGCCAUUCGUUUUAUAAGAAAGAUGAAGUAUUUUGUGGCUCGACGUAAAUUUAAGGAAGCAUUAAAGCCCUACGACGUAAAGGAUGUUAUAGAACAAUAUUCCGCGGGCCACGUCGAUCUCCUGGGCAGAGUGAAAAACGUCCAGACUAGGUUAGACCAAAUUCUUGGUAAGCAAGGUUCCAAGGCAAAAGACGUCUAUGCAUCAAAAAUCAGCCUAGCUUCCAGAGUAGUAAAAAUUGAAAGACAAGUAGACGAUAUAGAAAGUAAGUUGGAUCAUUUAUUAGAAAUGUACGAAGAAGAUAGACGCUCUAUGCGAAGGCUAGGUAAAGAAUUAAAUGGAGGAGCAGAUAGCGGGGCAUCUGGUGAUAUGCAGCAUAGGAUGCGGCCAGCCCUGACUGAGAAGCAGAGUUCAGAACCCAACUCGCCUAUUUCCCGCAGCUUUGAGCCGCCCGCCCAAGCAUCAGCCCCAGUGCCGCACAAACGACCGAUGAAUAGAGGUUACUCCGACCUAGGAACCAGAUUUAUGCGGAAGAAAGUUAUUGUCAAAACAUCUUCUAGUCGUUUCAACGAAUCGCCAAGGGACGAUGAAGUAGUUAUAGUGGUACCAACAGACCGUGAAGACACACCACCGCGGCUCGUGACGGAUAGUUCAGAGGUUUGUCCGAGCUGUUCAGUAGAGGUAGAGACAGAGGCAGAAGUGGGCGGCACGAGAUCGGACAGCUCCGGCUCUCCGUCGUGGUGCGAAGGCGAGGCCGCGGAUGAGCGCGGCUACGCUUCGGGCGACUCGCUGGCGGAGGACGCCGCGUUGCUAGGCGACGCUGUGCAGCCAGACCACCAGCCCCGCAUCAUGCGACCUCAGAGACGAGACGUCGCCGUCGAUCUACAUCUGUUACGCCCAGACGUAUGAGCCCCGCCAAUGUUUUCAAGAACGUUGACGUUCCGAACGCUGGUAAGAUAGUGUGUGCUCCGACUUGCAUUCGCACAAAAUUCGCAUAAAGUUUGCUGUCAUGUCACAAAUUUCUCAAAACUGUUGUAAAAAGCAUAAAAGGUUUAGUGCAGUGUGACUUUAUACCUAAAUUAAAUUAUACAACGAUAUGAAUAAUGUGAAAUUUAAGUUUCAAUUCCACUUGUACCUAAUUUUAGUAUUAAUCGUUUAAGGUAUUGUGUAAAGACCAAAGACUCGAUGUAGACACUAGACAUGGUAGUUAAGUAACUAAGUACUAAUUUUUCAAUACAUUUGCUUACAAAGUCCUUAAAAGUGCCUAAAAUAUCCCUCUAGUUCCCAUGAAGUUCAUAGAAUGAACAACACCCAACAUGUUCUGAUGUGAAUAAAAUACCUACCUACUUACCUAACUAUAAAAACGGUAAGCAAAAUAAAUAAUCAAUAAUAUAAUUUAUUUAACAAUUAGUAGGUACCCUUUAUUUUUUAAUCACAAAUGUAUUGAAAAAUAUGCGAGUCAUGGUAAUUACCUUCUCGGCACUAGCCCUUAUCGGUGGGUUCUUCGCUUCAACUGUAGGUAAUUACCAACUUCGCACAUAUUUGUAUUAUAGUAUUAAAUUAAGAUAAAAUAGUUAUUAGGUACGCUUCUGGUCCUGUUGCUUAUAAAAACUCAUAUGAUAAACGCUUCUAAUUUAUUUAAGUUUUAUAUAUAAGGUAAAAAGUGAUUGAUUUCUGCAUUGAUUAGAUGUAAGUGAAAAUCCUAGAUUCAGCAAUGUUAGGUAAGACAGCCAUACAAGUGUGUACAAUAAACCUCUGGGAUUAUCUGUGAGAGUUACGUAUAAUGCGCAUGUUAAUCGGACCGAGAAAUUAUGAAAACCUGAAAAGUUGUGCAGUAUGCGCGUUCCAUUUUACCUUUACAGUUUAACUGUAUCUAAAGGAUCGUAUGAGCCAAACUCUGUAUGGCGACCAUUGUAAUCAUUGGUGAAAUAAGCUUGCUUCAAAAGUUAGAAUUU